AUGGAUCCCAUGAUUUCAGACGCAAAGCCUACAGAGGUGACCUGUGAGGAUGCGGGUGGACAUCUCACUAACAAGGCCGCACCGGACGGCACGGAUGGCCCUCGCAUUGAACUGACGGAAGAAGAUAACAAGAGAAUCCGCCGAAAGACUGAUAAGGUCAUACUAGCGAUCCUGGUAUGGGUCUAUUUCUUGCAGAUUCUAGACAAAUCCGUCCUGGGAUAUGGCGCAUUAUUUGGCCUGCAAGCAGAUACCGGCCUGACCGGGAACCAAUAUUCAUUCCUUGGGUCGGUCGCGCCCAUAGCGCAACUGGCGUGGCAGCCGUUCUCGUCGUUUCUCAUCGUCAAAGUGCCUCAUCGGAUCCUAAUGCCGCUCCUGGUACUCGGAUGGGGAAUCGCUCAGACCGCUAUGGCUGGCUGCCACAGCUACGGGGCGCUCCUUGCAACUCGCUUCUUCUUGGGGCUGUUCGAAGCCGGUUGCCUGCCGCUCUUCUCUGUGAUCACGUCCCAGUGGUAUAGGCGCGCCGAGCAACCCAUCCGGGUCGCUGCAUGGUAUGGCACAAAUGGCGCUGCUACCAUCGCCGCUUCUGCCUUGUCGUACGGGCUGGGACACAUACCGUCAGAAGUCCUUAAGUCAUGGCAAAUCAUCUUUUUGUUUGUUGGCCUAGUCACGAUCAUCACAGCGCCUUUUGUUUACUGGAAGCUUGAUAAUGACAUCCCCUCUGCUCGUUUUCUCACCGAACACGAGAAGAAACAAGCCAUUGAGCGCUUGCGAUCGAAUCAGACUGGUACUGGUUCGCGGGAGUUUAAGUGGUCUCACGUUGCAGAGAUUUUCAUGGAGCCCAAGUCUUAUCUCUGGAUUAUCAUGACACUCUGCCUGAACGUGGGUGCAGCGACGCAGAAUACGUUUGGUCCUCUUAUCUUGCAAGGUCUCGGAUUCGACAAGUACAGGACCUCCCUUCUCAACAUGCCGUUUGGAGCUCUUCAGGUCAUCCUCAUUCUUCUCGCGUCAUGGGCAGCGCAGAAGGCAAAGAUCAAGUCAGCCGUGCUCAACAUUAUCCUGGUUCCGGUCAUCGUUGGACUUGUGCUUCUGUAUGUGUUGAGUAGAGACACCACGGAGCAGGGGCCGCUGUUGUUGGCCUACUACUUUCUCGCCUUCCUCUUUGGUGCCAACCCGCUGAUAGUCUCCUGGAUUGUGGGCAACACCGGAGGCACCACGAAAAAGUCGGUCAUCAUGUCCCUCUACAAUGCAGCAUCUUCAGCUGGGAACAUCGUUGGACCCCUCUUGUUCUCGGCGCAAGAUGCUCCAGCUUACCAUAGCGGACUCCGGAGCGUAUUAGGCAUCUUUGUCGCCCUCAUGGCUGUGGUUGCUCUUCAAGCUUGCAACCUGUUCGUGCUGAACAAAUUGAACCGCAAGAGUCGGAUCAGAGCUGGAAAGAAGGCGGACAUCAAGGAUCACUCCAUGGAGUCUCGCUACGUUGCAGCUGACGUCGAGAAUGCUGACGCCGACGGCCACGCUGUUGGGGUUCAAGGGGACGAAGAUCUUACUGAUGGAAAGAACGAUGAGUUCAUCUACAUAUAUUAG